AUGCGCUCUCAAUACGAAUUGAGAACACCCGGAUCGAACAGAUUUGCCUUGGAAGAAGCCUCUCACUGUCCGAAUUUGCAGGAGGGUGUUGGAUUUAUUAAAAUCGUGUCCGUGCACCGUCGCCGUUUGCCGUCAUCCUCACCCGCAAACAUGAAUUUACAUAAUCCCACUUUGAUGUUGGGAUUCGCAUCACUUUUGGUGUUUUGUUGGAUGGGCACUUCCGUGGCCUUUCCAUCGUUGGUUAUGCCUCGUUUGCACAGAUCUAUGGAUAAUGAAUUGGGGAUGCAAAAUAAAAAUAUGGGAUUUCCACAGACCGAUGAUGAUGUUUUGGAAUUAGAACAGUUGCGCGAAAUCCAUCCCGAGGAGCCUUUGCCUUACAGUCAUCAACAAAAUUCGGAAAAAUUAAUGGCCGAAGAACCACAACCAUUGAUAAUGGCCGAUGAGACGGUUCCCGGUUUGGAACAACAGCUGGAGUCUGCAACGCCUCAACUGCAGAGUACUCAGGGUCCACAGGUCCCGGCCGAAAGUGCAGGUGAAACACCACCUGAAUCCGGUGCUGCUGGUGUCGGCGCCCAUCGACCACCCACAUUACAGACUAACGAUGGCGGUAAAACCGAUGGAAAUGGUGAAAAACCAAAAGCCAAGUGCCGUUUGGGUAUGUACGGUGCUGCCCGACUCGUUUAUGGACAAAAUCCUGUACUUCCGAAUGUAACAACAACAUCUUCCACGCCGGUUGCCACAACCAUGAAGACUACCACGACAACGUCGACAACUACUACAACUGUGGCACCACCUCCACCACCACAACCCGAAGUACCAACACAACACGAUAGUGAUGAAAGUGAUAAUGACUCGGAUGUUUCAGCAGAGGCUGGUGAGCCUGCUGUACCACCGGCUGUAGAAAAUCAAGAUGCCGUAGAGGCAGUUGACAAUGCUGAGCAGGCACCUGCACCAGCACCAGAACAAUCCGAUAUUGUUGAAACCAUUAAUCAACCGUCCGAAAUUGAAGUGACUGAAGCUCCAGCUGAGGUGCCCACUGUGCCUGUUACAAUUGCCACAACUCAAGCUCCCACACAAGUCUAUACCUAUAGACCGUAUCGUACUACCAAGAAACCGAGAAAGGACGAAGAACCCGAACGCCAAGUGAUCGGUGAUUUAGUUCUUGAAGAUGAAUCAGCCUUACGGAAGUCAACGUCACGGCGAUCUGUUACCCAUAUGACUCCCAAGACGGCUGAAAGUUUAUUGAAGCACGGCAAUGGCCAAUAUUCUUCCUUUGAUAUGGCUCAAUAUGUUUUCUGGACUGGCGAUGAGGCUGGAGUGGCCAAAGCCGUGGAGGAGUUAAUUCAGCAGGAUAUGAUGAGCCGUGAAGAUGCUUUGAAAUUUUUACAUGAAAUACGAGUGGGUAUUGAAUAUUUACAGAAAUCCUAUGCCAAUCGUAUCUUCCCCGAGGAAAUUCAUCACAAUACUGUCAAGAAAAGCUUUAUAACUAAACCGUCCACUACGACAACUACAACUACCAGCACCACGACUACUACAACAACUACACCUAAGCCUGAUUUACAAUAUUUAAAUUUUGAACAAAAUCUUGAGGAGCCAGAAAAUCUAAAUUUAGCCAAAGCCUUGGACAACAUAGCCUUGUGGCAUAAACUUCAAGCCAUGAACCAGGGCAAUCAAGUGAGGCAAGAUACUUCGGAAGAUGAUACUGCUGAACAAAGACGUCCUAAAAUUGCCGACUGUGAUCACAAGGAAUAUAAUUUAGAGGAAAUAAUUUAUAAGUUGGCUAGGAUCAUGUUCACCGAAUCUCUAACACAUGGCGAUGAAGCGCAGCGUGAAAUUAAAAAGCUAAUGGAUUUCUUUGAACGUGAACAUGAAUUGGGUGUCAUACCGCUAGAUUUGGAACAAAAAGUUAUACAUGUUUUAUUACAAGCCUUAUCCGAUACUCUAACUGAAAAACCCGAACUCUGGCCGGCAGCACAGUAUCCCUACAAUCGUUUGUUGCGUUCAUACGCCCAUACAAAUUAUAUGAGACCCAGUUCAACAAAUGUCUAAACAGUAUUCCUAGAAAGAGAA